AUGCCGAACCUCAGCAUCACAUCGCAGCCUCCCCCGUGGGCCGCAACUUCGACGAUACUGUACCCGCCCCUGGUUGCCCGGUUCACGUCCAGGUCGAGGUCUUCAAGCUCGAGCUACUUCGCCAUGGCCAUCCUGAUGGGGAGCGACGGGGUCAUGGUCGAAGGGGCCCUCUUCGGCAACACCACUGCCACGGGUGUCGAGACUGGUGGCAGGUCGGGGACUGACCUUUCCUUCCACUUCGUCGACCUAUAUAUCGCCUAUCCGGGGACAUACUAUAUCAGGGUGGACGUCUACAAGGCACCCGGGCAUGACUACAAUGCGGCUACACUUAGCACCGAGGUCAACAGCAAUCAGAUCGUCGUUACCGAAGGCUGA